AUGCGGAAUCUGCGAACCAUCUCCUCUCAUUUGUCACGAUGUUUCUCGUCGAUCGAGACACGCCCAAUUUCUGAGAGGUUGAUCCCGAUCCAAUCCCGGAGGUACUCGUCGCCGGCGACGCAAUCGGAGAAUGUCUCCAAAAUCGUGAACGAGCUCUCCAGUCUCACGCUAUUAGAAGCAAUGGACUUGUCAGAGCUCCUUAGGCAGAAGCUGAACGUCGGUGAGAUGCCUGUGAUGGCGGCGAUGAUGCCAGGGAUGGUUUUCCCGGGAGCCGGAGCUGGGAAAUCCGGAGCCGCAGCCGCCGGGAAGGGGACAGAGAAGAAGGCUGUAGAGAAGACGGCGUUCGAUGUGAUGCUUCAAGCGUACGAAGCGGCGUCGAAGAUAAAAGUGAUCAAGGAAGUGAGAUCGCUUACUGAUUUGGGGUUGAAGGAAGCGAAAGACUUGGUGGAGAAAGCGCCGACAUUGUUGAAGAAAGGAGUUAGUAAGGAGGAAGCAGAGAAGAUCAUAGAGAAGUUGAAGGCUGUUGGAGCCAAAGUUGAAAUGGAGUGA